UUGACGAUUGGUGUUUCUCAAAACAAAGCCGCAAUUUUUGUAAACAAGAAGGAAAAUUUUUGCUUUUCUCUGAAAAAAUCGUGAUAAAAUCAACACAAAAUGCUCCCUCUGUCUCUGCUGAAAACAGCCCAAAGCCACCCGAUGUUGGUGGAGCUGAAAAAUGGUGAAACCUACAAUGGACAUCUGGUCAGCUGCGAUACCUGGAUGAAUAUUAAUCUCCGUGAGGUGAUUUGCACGUCAAAAGAUGGUGACAGAUUCUGGAGGAUGCCUGAAUGCUACAUUAGAGGCAGUACCAUUAAAUACCUUCGUAUCCCCGAUGAGGUUAUUGAUAUGGUGAAAGAGGAUGUUCAGCAAAAGACAAGGAAUCGCCAAGAGAUGAACAAACAGAAUCGCGGAGGGCAAAAUCAACGCGGAAGGAAUCAACAAAACAGGAAUAAUGCCUUUUCCGGACGACGAGAUCAAGGAAACCGUCAGGCACCCAAUAAUCGCCCCCUGGCUCAAGGAAAUAAGAAUAAUCCUCAGAAAAAGAUGCCCCCAAAAUAGAUUUUAGUUUGUUCGGAAGAAUAAAUUCCAUUUAAAGAAACAAA